ACCAGGAUAAAUCAUAUUCAUUUAUUAAUAAUUUCAACCGGUGGUACCCUUUAAGUUAAUAUUUAAGUGCAUUCUCUCCGAUUUGAGGAGCUCAUGUAACAAUGAGCCUCUUAUCUUCUUUCAUUCGCUGCGCACAAUCAGUGGUUGUCUCGGUGGCCAUCAUUCUUGCGCUAUUCCACCAAAGUUGCAGUGCCAAGCAUCGCAGAUCCUGUCCAUCUUCUUCGUGCGGCGAAAUUCGCGACAUAAAGUAUCCAUUCCGACUGAAAGGCGACCCUGGCGGUUGCGGCCUCCCCAGCUACGAAUUUGAUUGCGUCAAUAACAGGACACUGCUUACUCUGUUUUCGGGAAAAUACUAUGUCAAGGAAAUCGAUUACAAUUGGUACAAAAUCCGGCUGACUGAUGCGGGUGUUGUGGAGGACACUUCUUGCUCUUUUCCUCGCAAUUUCUUAUCCACACGAAAUUUCAGUGUGUAUGAUAAUGAUCCGCUGAUUAUUUGGUAUCGUUAUUUUCCUGCAAAAGUGAUGUUUCUAAACUGUAGUAACCGAGUGAGUGAUGAUCCUCGAUAUGUGGAAGUGAAAGCCGGUGGUUGUGAUUCUGGAGGCGUUAUCUACGCCGUUCUGGAUUCCCGUGAGGUGAUUGAUACGGAAUUUACAGUGAUGGAUGUGAAGGUUGGGUGCAGAUUAAAGAUUGCUACCUUCGCAAACUGGACACAUGACAGGAAUUUUUCGUAUGCUGAUAUCCUCAAAUCUCUGGAAGAAGGGUUUUGGUUGUCUUGGUUACCACUUGUUUGCAGGGAUUACUGUGGAAAGGGUAUCUCUUGCAGCCUCAAUCAAACCACACAACAAAUUGAAUGCGCAGGUUGUGAAAUGUUCAACCACCCAGUCAGCAAUUGCGGAAUUCUAUCACGAAUUAAUCAAUACAUUAGAGGUUAUGUUGCAUUUGUCACACAUGGAUUUGUCAAUAGAAUUAAAAAUAUCAAACGAUCACUGUCGGACUACCGUGAUGGAGAAUUAAUAGGGCAAGAUAUUCUACCAAUAUUUAUAGCAGUUAGGUAUUUAUUUGGACUCUCACUUUUGCUAGUGUUAUUCGUCUAUAAAUGGCGAAGAAGACAUUUUUCACUGUAUGAAAACAUUGAAAAAUUUUUGUUGGACAACAAUAUAAAUCCCAUUAGAUAUGAGUACAAAGAAGUGAAGAAAAUGACUAAAGGUUUUAAAGUAAAGUUAGGUGAAGGAGGUUUUGGUUCAGUAUAUAAAGGAAAGCUUCGAAGUGGGUUAGACGUAGCAGUGAAGAUGUUGAACAAAUCUAAAGAUAGUGGAGAAGACUUUGUUAAUGAAGUAGCUACUAUUGGAAGAAUACAUCAUGUGAAUGUAGUUGGUCUUAUUGGAUAUUAUGUUGAAGAAAAAAAGCGUGGUCUAAUUUAUGAAUACAUGCCUAAUGGGUCGUUGGAUAAAUACAUUUUUUCUAAAGAAGGAAGUGCUCCUUUGAGACAUGAGAAGAUAUAUGAAAUAUCCCUUGGAAUUGCUCAUGGGAUUGCAUAUCUUCAUCAAGGUUGUGAUGUGCAGAUUUUACAUUUCGAUAUCAAGCCUCAUAAUAUUCUUCUAGAUAAUAACUUUACUCCAAAGGUUUCAGAUUUUGGACUUGCAAGGUUGUAUCCUACAAAAGAUGGAUCCAUUAUUUUAACUGCAAUAAGAGGAACAUUGGGGUACAUGGCUCCAGAGUUAUUUUACAAAAAUAUAGGUGGAGUUUCUUAUAAAGCUGAUAUUUAUAGUUUUGGAAUGCUUUUGAUGGAAAUGGCGAGUAGAAGAAAAAACUCAAAUCCUCAUGCAGAACAUUCAAGUCAAUAUUAUUUUCCCUUUUGGAUCCAUGAUCAAUUUAAAGAAGACAAAGAUAUUGACAUGGAAGGUGUUUCAGAAAUGGAUAAGAUUUUGAUGAAAAAAAUGUUUAUAGUUGCACUUUUGUGUAUACAAUUCAAACCAAGUGAUCGUCCAUCAAUGAAUAAGGUUGUAGAGAUGCUUGAAGGAAAAGUUGAAAGUCUUGCCAUUCCUCCAAAACCCUCCUUUUAUCCUCAUGAAAUGUUAGAAAAUGAUGGUACAAUCAACUCUCCGAAAACAUCAUGGAGUGAUUCAAAUAGUUGUUGCGUGAAUGUUGACAUAAAAAUUCCUAAUCACUCAUCUUUGGACUAACUCAUUUGGUACGAGUUAAGUAUUAGUAUGUAAAAGUUUGUAAUUUAAAAUUGUGGCUCAUGGAUUAUAUAUUAAUUAUACUCAGACUCUUAUAUGACUUUUUAA